AUGUACAAGUCGCUCUUCUUCCUCUCGCUCGCCCUCCCCCUCCUCGUGGCGGGAGCGGCGGUGAAGCCCGCGGCACCCGUGUCGUACACGAUCGACAAGAGCUACAAGUGCAAGGGCCUGGGCGACGUCGACCUGGCGCACAAGGACGUCAAGGGCCCCGCGCUGCUCUGCUUCCGCCCCAAAAAGGCCGGCAAGCCGGUGCAGUGGAGCGUCGAGGCCAACGGCAAGACGCUCGCCGAAUCCAACGGUUGCGUUGCCGUCGACAUUGACAACCACUACCGCCAGGCUGGACCCGACGAGAGCAAGUGGACCGAUGCCCAGAUCUUUGGCUUCAUCAAUGAUGGAAAGAAGGGUUUCAAGGGCGGCAUCGACUUCAAGGUCGCCGGCAACAACAAGACGUGCAAGCUGGGCGAGUUCAAGAAGCCCAAGAAGGGCGCUUGGGUCGACACCGACAACAAGGUCCACAAGGGCCACCCCAAGAACUGA